AUGGCGACGGUUGUCACCCUGACUGUUGCCCUGGACGACAGCGUUGCCCUUAGAAACAGAUGGGCCGUCUGGAGGGCCCUGCUCCCUAAAGGACCCCCGAGGCAGUCUAACCUAAUGCCUGACCAUGAAGGCCCACUGGCCAAGCCAUCCAGUCCAUUGCCUGACCAGAACUACCACCUCUCUAGAGAGGGGACGUCACGGGGUCGCCGCGAUGCCAACGGUAGCGGUGGGCGUGGCCAGGGUCAGCUGAUGAGGGUGGGGUGUGUCCUGGGAACCUGUCAAGUUCAGAACCUCAGUCACCGACUCUACCAGCUGAUUGGACAGAGUGGGAGACAAGACUCCUCCCCCAUCAAUCCCCGUAGCCCGCACAGCUACGGCUGA